GUGAAAUAAUAAUGAGGUGAAAUAUUAAUGAGGUGAAAUAUUUAUGGCGGGAAAUAUUCAUGAGGUGAAUAUUCAUGAGGUGAAAUAUUUAUGGCGGGAAUAUUCAUGAGGGGAAAUAUUCAUGAGGGGAAAUAUGAAUAAUGGAAAAUAGUCAUGAGGGGGAAUAUUCAUGAGGGGACACAUUAAUGAGGUGAAAUAUUCAUGAGGGGAAAUAUUAUUGAUGUGAAAAUAUUUAUGAUGUGAAAAUAUUCAUGAGGUUACAUAUUCAUGAGGUAAAAUAUUCAUGAAGUGAAAUAUGCAUGCAUUGUGAUAUUCAUGUUGUGACACAUUCAUGGGGUGUAAUAUUCAUGAUGUUUAUGCGUAUUAAUUAUUUCGGGAUGUACGCCUCCGCGAUCAGUUGCAUGCAAUAUGGUUGCAAUUCGAAGCAAUUCAGGUGCGUGCAACCUAUUGUGUUGUGCCACGCCUAUUGUGUUGUGCCACGCCUAUUGUGUUGUGCCACGCCUAUUGUGUUGUGUCACGCCUAUUGUGUGCGCCACGCCUAUUGUGUGUUCCAGGCCUAUUGUUAUUAUUGUUGUUGAACCGUGGCAACGGGCAAGGGGCGUCUCGAGGUGAAGUCGUCUCGUGGUGGUGGUAGCAGUUGGUGGUGGUAGUUGGUGGUUGUUUGGUGGUUGGUUGGUGGUGGCAGUUGGUGGUGGUAGUUGGAGGUAGUUGGUGGUUGUUUGGUGGUUGGUUGGUGGUGGCAGUUGGUGGUUGUUUGGUGGUGGUUGGUUGGUGGAGGUAGUUGGUGGUUGGUUGGUGGUGGUAGUUGGUGGUGGUUGUUGCUGGUGGUUGAUGGUAGUGGUGGUUAGUGGUAGUGGUGGGUGGGAGGAGGCUCGUGAUGGACGCUGCUGCUACUGGGCAGUUGGAGGCCUUCCAGCAACAACAGAGGGCAGAAGCGCGACGCUCACAACAACGAGCGGAACGCCGGGUGGAUAAAGCACAGCGAGUUGGCACAGUGAGGAGCACAGCUGGUGUGCAUCUACCAGCGGCCAUCUCAGUCAGCCAACCCACGGACCCUGCCUGGGCCAUGGUGUCGCGUGUGGAUGCGGGGUUUAGACCCCCGCUGCGAGCGCCAACGCUGUUGCUGCUGAUGGUGGUGCCACUCGCACUGGGAACGUUCACGUACGUGUACUCGGUGAAGAGGGGGGAGCUGGAGGCCAGACUGGCGCAGCUGCAGCUGGGACUGCAGAGCCGCGUGGCCUCCCUGCACGCUGACCUCUCAGCUUUGUCGGAAAAGCUGAAGUUCUCUGAAGCUUUGCUGAAGGAGAAGCACCGGUCGCAGCAGCAACUGAAGGAUCGGCGCGUACAGCAGGCGGAGCUGCAGAUCCUUCUGAACGAAACCCUUCCACAGUUGAGACGAGAUAUUCAGGCUUUGCGCGACGAAAGCAAAUCGUUCCGGAGCGCAGUGACGGUGGCCGUGAACGAAGCGGAUCACGAGGUGAGCUUGCUGAAGACCAAGCUGGAGGAUUUGCGUGGAAGCAUGCUGAGGAACACCAAGGCCAUCAUUGCGCAGAGUAAAGACGACGCGGUGAGCGAGGAGAAGUGGGCGCUCAGGAAUCUGGACGCCUUGUCAGACCUGAACCUUGAAGUUGCACGACUCAACGAGUCUCAUUGGCAGUUUAAAGCGAGCUUCGAGAGCUUGGAGAAGAAAAUGACGGCCACGAUUGACCGUUAUCCGGAGAUGGAGGCUCUUGUGAACGCCGUGGAUAAGCUGGCGAAAGAUUUCGAACGCAAAAAGAGGAAAACUGACGAGCUAGAGUCCUGGCUUGCUCAAACGGAAGCAUUUAUGGCUCGGAUCAACGGCAACUUUGAGAAAAUGCAAAACCUCACAUUCUGAUCACGAGUGGUUUCAACAUGCAACACAAAUAGCAAUACAGAUGAAAACUCAUAUCUGAUACAUCAGGAGGCAGGAUCUCAGAGAAGUACAUUUUGUGGAUAAAAUAGAUUGACUUUGGGUGGGAUUAAUGGUGUAUACGGGCUCUGAUGAAUGAAUGGCACCAUUCCCACAUUGCAUUUCACCGCAUCAAAACACGAUGUUCUUUUUAAAAUACAUAAACAUACGCGGUAAUUGUUUUUGUUCACAAAAACUACUCUGUAUUAACGCGUCACGCAGUCACCAGUCCCACACUCUCGACAGCUCGCGGCGCUGUGAUGUCACUCUGCUGUUGCGUUAUCACAGCACCGGCUUCGUUACGACCACCACCAUCAGGGCGGUGGAUGAUUGGGCAAACGCCAGGGAGAUUGUGUGACUGUGGCCCUCCCGUGGCCUCGGCGCUGUUACUGCUCAUAUCAGGAUUCGAGUUAUUGAUGUCCGUGUCGCCUAGUUGUGUUUUACGGUCACACGGAGACGUGAAGCGUGCGGAAGGGGGGGCCGGCUUCUCCCACCCAGGCCGAUGCGCAACUCCUCCUCCACGCAUGGAACAUUGAAGACACAAAUCCACGUUGGUGCGAUUGUGGCCACGCAACCGAAACUAUGGACUAUAUUGUCAACUCGUAGAGAUGCAUAGAGACGCGUAUAGAUGCAUUCAAGACAAGCAACAGUCGUGCGAUAGUGUCCAUGCAACCCAAACUAUCGACCAUAUAGAAAACCACUGUAGUCUGUCCUUCAACGGAGGAGGAAUAGCACAACUUUUACAAGUCUCCCCUGAAGCCCUUUCACGUCGUGGCUUGCAAACCUCAAAUAGAAAAGUGUUACUCUGGUUCUUUCGGUAAAGUCACGUAGUUAGAAAUAAAAUAAAAUCACGACGUUUUUGCAAAAAAAAAUUCUUGCUGUGGUUUUCCCACCUGAUGAUGAUUGCUUGUGUUGCAAUCGAAACGUGAUUUGUUUUUACUUUAUUUCUACCUACGUGACUUUACCGAAAGAACCAAAGAGUAUGGAUUCCUGCAGUCACGAAAGCUUCAAAUCAAGACUAGAAAAGUGUUGUUGAAGGCACAGACAUUCGCUUGGUCUUUAUUUUGUUACGUGACACAAGUGAUACUGCCAUUCAUCAUUGCCAGUUCUCUCGGACACGAGAAUGUGUUAUACCGUAUUCGAACUUUAUGAAUUCAAAUGGUGAAUAUUUGUUUAAAUUUGACUUGGUGCCUUGUUUGUAUGUUGAACUUCUUCCGCAAUGUACGUAGCCAACCGUGCUGAUUGAUGGGAUUAAGUGCCUUGUGUCUUUUGCAGUGUUUGUCAAGUUUACGAAUACAAAUAAACGUUUGUGCUUUACUCAA